AUGUUUGCUGCUGGCUAUGAUCUACGAACGCAAGAAGGAUGUAAAAAAGUAUUUGAUGAAUUUGAUCAGAUUGUUGGCUUUAAGUAUUUGAAGGGAAUGCAUCUUAAUGACAGCAAGGAAAAACUCGGUUCCAAAAAGGAUAGGCAUGAAAAUAUUGGAAAAGGACAUCUGGGUUUAGAGGUUUUUAAAUACAUUGUCAAUAAUCCAAAUUUUAGAAACAUCCCAUUGAUAUUGGAAACUCCGGAUGGAAAUUAUGUUGAGGAGAUUGCACAACUGUACGACAUGUACACGGGUGAAGAGGACGAGGUUAAGCCAAGCAGUAGCGAAAUUAGUGAUUAG